CUUUCUGGGGACUUUGGUACUUUCUCUUAGUUCACGGAAUUCAUGGUUGCCAAGUCCCCGGCCGGUAAACAGAGACUAUGUCUAAACUUGAGUAUGUAUGUAGAGUCUCUAAAAUGUCUAUUUGUAUGACAAAUGUCUACAUAAUGUGUGAUUCUCCGUGACACUGGCGUUAGGCUUCUACACGCGUGCCUCUUUACGAUGAACGCAGUAAAAUGAAAGGAAUCGGUGGAAACCAGAGAUAGCGAGCUUUAAAGUCAACAAGGAAACCGUUUGGGGAUUCCCUUGGCUCGCUGGGAUUUAUUGUUGACGUAAUUACUUGGCAUUGUAAUGUACAAAUUAUAAGGGGCAAUACUGCAAACGUCAUCUCAUUGAACUAGAAAGCAGUCUUUUGUACGUUCUUUGUAUACAUACGGAGCCUGAAGUCGUACACGCGAGUCGGUGAAUGGAUUAUUUACCACAGCAAGGUGGUGCUCGCGGUCGUCGUGCUGGUCGCUAUCGAGGACAAAGAGGAAGAGGAUGCGGCGGAGACCGAGGACGUCGACGACAUCCUGUGGAAGGAACCGAAGCAAACAGAGAGCGACAGUACAACUACCAACAAUUGAACGGGUACGUCGUUGAAGAACAACAUGAUGGAGGUCACCGGCGUGGACGUGGAGCCCGAGGAGAACGAGGACGAGGACGAGGCAAUCAGCAAGCGUAUAGAGGUGAAUAUAGAGGCGGUAGAGUACGAGGAAGAGGAACAGGGAGAGGAAGAGAAGGAACUCAUGACGUAAGUGGCGUCACCAGAACAUUUACCAUUAGCGAUCGUUUCUUACGCGAACUGAAAGAAAGCAGUCCCCGGGAGAUCACUCUACAGGUUUCGAUGAAACCAGAUAGUUUCAGUCGCCUACUUAACUCUGGAAAUGUAGGCAAUCGUGAUCGUCUUAGACUCAUCUUAGGUUUGUUUGCAAAGGGCUGUGCAAGUACGAUGAAUCAAAUGCUAAAUGACAUGCUGGCUUGUAUGCUUCACUCAGAGUUUUUUCGUAACCAUUUGAAGAGGUACCUCUCAACACUUAGCCGGCCUGAAGUCUUGAUGUACACAACAGUUGGUGAGGUCGUGGAAGACGUGGAGAGUAUUGUUACUCUGGUCAAUGUAAUGCUAGAGCGAUUUCCAAGUCAAGCAGAUGAAAUUGUGGUACUGGACAAACUGAAGCUGACCGUCGAUCAACUGUCUGCUUCAGACAUACCACUACCGAGCGGUUUGAUUGAACGGGUAACUGACCUCGUGAAAGCCAGCGAUGACUGUGUUAUGCAAAGAGAAUUAAGACAGCUGCAUAGCUCUCUGCCUCAAGCAUUGAGACUGGAAGAUCCCCCUGAUGACUUCCGGGCUGUUGAAGUAGUCCCUACAAGUGAGGAACUGGCUAAAAACCAAAGGCCUUUUCUGAGACCAAAUAUCGUCGAUGGUGCUUUUAAAGACCUCGACCAAUACUUGGACGUACAGUUUCGUUUGUUGAGAGAAGACUUUGUCGGACCGUUGCGAGAGGGCAUUGCCACUCUUCCAGAGGAUGACGUCAGGCGCAAGAGAGGCAGCCCAAAUGAUCUCCGGUUGUACCGUAAUGCGUGGAUCAGUCAACCAGUUUGCACGUUCAGUGGCCUAACGCAUAAGAUUGUAUUUGACGUGUCUCAUUUACGUCGAGUAAACUGGAGUUACUCUCGACGAUUGAUCUUUGGCUCGUUGUUAUGUUUCUCAAACGACCAUUUCAAGACGAUGAAGUUUGCGGUCGUGUCUAACAGAAACGUUGAAGAUUUGAAGAAAGGGAUCAUCGAGGUGCGUUUCAUGAACGGUCUAGAUGACGUGAAGGACAUGCAAGCUGGUCAGUUAUACACGUUUGCUGAGUCACCCGCUUACUUUGAGGCUUAUCGCCACGUGCUCCAUAGACUUCAGCACAUUACGCUUGAACUUCCUUUGCAAUUCUACAUAGUAAAGUGUGAGAAGAACAGUGCACAUCCUCCUCGUUAUCUUCGUCCGGAACACCGUGAUGGUGAGGUUCCCGUAAUGGAUUUGAGAAGCGCGCUGGGAUGCAACGAUUCUCGAGCCAGGCGGGUGACCGUCACCGAUUGGGAUGCUUGGCCGCCUUGCGUUAAAGUCGAAUUGGACGAAUCGCAACUUGCUGCCAUAAAGACUGCAAUGACGAGAGAGUUUGCUUUGAUACAAGGACCGCCAGGUACUGGAAAGACUUAUCUGGGUCUCAAGGUUAUGAGAGCAUUGAUUGAGAACCGUCAUGUAUGGGAUCCCGCUCGUACAUCUCCGAUUUUGGUCGUUUGCUACACAAAUCACGCUCUGGACCAGUUCUUGGAAGGAGUCUUAGAGUUUCAUAAAACUGGUGUCAUAAGAGUUGGCGGUCGUAGUGAAAGCGAGGUCUUGAAGAAUUUAAAUCUGAACGCUAUUACUCGUAGAGAGAGACAAGACCAUGCAAUUCCGGGCGUCAUAUUUCAUAACCAAAAGAAGCAGCGUUAUGAAAUGCACAAAAUGCAAGAUGCUAUGAAGGAAACUCUGACUAACCUUGAACGACGAGGUGUAAUUGGUGUCAAAUCCAUAAGUGGAAUACCUUGUUGUGAGUUGGCUAUUCAAUUGAAUGACAGGGGCCAAUUUUCGCGUAUAGGCUACAGUCUUCUUGAUGAGUGGCUUCGUAUUGUCUGUUUCGAUUCUCAAAUCUCCGUUGAUCCAAACCGAGGAACUCCGGGGAACGAUAAGCCUGAAGCAGCUGCAGCUGACAACGGCCAAGCUAGUGAGCAGGAAUCUGAAUCCGCAGAAGCUGACGCUGAUGAUGAUGAGGCAAAACUUCUAGAAGCACAGAGAAGAAUGGAAGGCGAAGAGUUUGCUCAUUUGGAAGAUGCAAGGGCACCCGAGAACGAUGCUGAAAACGCUGCUAAUCAAGAGGAAGAGGCCAACGCCGUCAUUGUGGACGAACUGUUUCAAGGCAUUCCAGAAGCAGAACCAGACAGUGAACUUGCAGAAAACGAUCAGGAUUGGAUAGUUGCAAUAGAUAGAAAGAGGAGAAACCGAAAGGUGCACAAAGGGCUUUCCACACAACCAAUGACACAGGAAGAAGUUGACAUGGUAGAAAACAUAUGGGACCUUGAUCAAAACAACCGCUGGCGACUUUACAACUACUGGAUGCAGAAAAGAAAGGACUACUUUCAGGAAAUUAUGGCAACGCUUUCCGCAGAGUUUGAAGCAGCAGCAGAGCGACUCAACGAAAUUGACGAACAAGAAAGCUUGCACGUCCUCAAGGGAGCGACCAUUAUCGGUAUGACGACGACGGGAGCGGCCAAACACCACCGUCUUCUCCUCGAAGUAAAGCCCAAGAUAAUCGUCGUCGAAGAAGCAGCAGAAGUCUACGAAGCUCAUAUCGUCACAACAUUAUCAGCAUCUGCCGAACAUUUGAUUCUCAUCGGCGAUCACCAACAACUUCGUCCCAAUCCUCACGUCUUUCGACUAGCGAAGGAAUACAAGUUAGACGUCUCGCUGUUCGAGAGAAUGAUCAAUAAUGGAAUGCCGUGCGCACGAUUAGAUGUACAGCAUCGGAUGCGACCGGAGAUCGCCGAGUUGAUGAAACCAAUCUACAACGGAUUACGGAACCACGAAUCGGUCUACGAGUACGAGAACAUCGCAGGAGUGAAACACAAUAUGUUCUUCAUCGAACACAACCAAACAGAAAACGAAAACGAGGACUUGAAAAGUCACUUUAAUAUUCACGAGGCGAGUUUUGUGGCUGGACUUUGUCGUUACUUGAUGCUACAAGGAAUUUCAUCGAAUAAGAUUACCGUACUUACGACUUACACUGGCCAGGUUCUCAGUCUCAAGAAAUUUAUGCCAAAGGCGACAUACAACGGUGUCCGCAUCACAGCCGUCGACAAUUAUCAAGGCGAGGAGAACGACGUCAUCAUCUUGUCUCUGGUCAGAAGCAACGUCCAAGGUAAAAUCGGAUUCCUCAAAACGUCUAAUCGAGUCUGUGUUGCGCUUUCGCGAGCAAAGAAAGGAUUUUAUUGCAUUGGCAACAUGACACUGUUGGCUAAGGAAAGCGAGCUUUGGAGGAAAAUUGUUCAAGAAAUGAGGAAUAAUGGAAUAGUGGGUCCAGGCUUGGAACUGUGCUGUCAAGUCCAUCCCGAUACUUCUUUUUUUGCGUGUCAGUCGACCGACUUCAAGAAUGCGCCGGAGGGCGGAUGCACGCGACCCUGCGAGUUUAGACUUGCUUGCGGACACGUCUGUGCUCUUGCGUGUCAUCCAUACGAUCGGCAACACGUGCGAUAUAAGUGUCGCAAAAAAUGCGUAAAGAAGUGUGGAAGUGGGCACCAGUGCCAGAAUAAAUGCUACCAAGAGUGUGGAAAAUGCACUGUUCCAGUGAACAAGAUCGUACCGAGAUGCAAUCACAUCCAAUCUAUUCCAUGUGGCGACAGUCCACUUCAGUUUCGUUGCUUAGGUCCUUGCUCUACUAUACUCGCCUGCGGGCACUUGUGCAGCAACAAGUGUGGUGAUAAAGAUUGCACAAAGAAAUGUUUGGAGAUGGUAUCCAAGACGUGGCCAUGCGGGCACACGGCUAAUGUGCGUUGCUACGAACAGGCGACGUAUUUGUGUCCAGAACCGUGCAGUGAUAUGCUCGAAUGCGAGCACCCUUGUGUCGGAACAUGCGGGAAAUGUUGUGAAGGGAGGCUACACAUAGCUUGCCGAUCGUGUUGUGGCAGAACACUCGUCUGCUCGCACGCAUGCGAAUACCCGUGCACCAAGAAUUGUCCUCCUUGCAGCCGGAGCUGCGAAAACGCGUGCGUUCACAGCAAGUGUCACAGAGAAUGCGGAGAACUGUGUGAUCCGUGCCAAGAGCCUUGCCAGUGGGAGUGUGCCCACUAUGCUUGCACUAAACUAUGCGGAGAACCUUGCGAUCGUCCACGUUGUAACAUACCAUGUCAACGAAUUCUGAAAUGUGGUCAUGAUUGCAUUGGUUUAUGUGGAGAGAAAUGUCCAAGUCUGUGCCGACUGUGCCACUUUGAGAAAGUGGCGGAAAUAUUCUUUGGAGAUGAAGACGAUCCGAAGGCACGGUUUCUUCAAUUGGAAGACUGUGGUCACAUAUUUGAAGUGAAAGGUCUCGAUCGCUGGAUGGAUUCAAAAGAAGAAAACGAAGAGGGUGGAGUUAAUAUAGGGCUAAAGCAAUGUCCGCGUUGUAAAAUCGCAGUGAGACGAAGUCUUCGUUACGGGAAUGUCGUGAAACAGGCGCUGCAAGAUAUCGAGAUGGUAAAGCGGAGGAUGUUAGAUCAAGAGCAAGAGAUGGAGAUAACGGUCAGGCAACUGACAAGAGAGGCAGUCCAACUGGCAGGACAGUUGCAAGUCUGUACAUUGUUCAAAUAUCAGGUUACUUCGCGGGAAAGCUAUCGCAGAAGAAUUUUGGAUAAUUUUGAUCUCGGUUUAGAACGCAAUGAGUUCUUCAUCGACAAUACGGUCUUGGAGGAUGAAAGUCCAUCAGGAAAAAUUCUUCAACGUUUGCGCGAUCGGCGGACUGUAGAAGAAGUGACUACUAUUCAAAAUCAGAUUCAGUUCUUACCAUCCAUUGUCGAUGUAGCUAACAAGAUCGACAAGACGCAGACUGAGAAUGGAUACCGUUUACAGCCAGUUUGUCAGAAACUGCUAGCUGAUCUCAAUGAGCUGGUCACAUUUCUCAUGAGACCUGUUCUGAGCGAACAACAGCUGGGAGACAUACAGUUGAUGAUGGAGAAAGUCGAAUUGGAGUUAAACUUUCGGAUCCUUAUGGAAAAACUCAGGCCUCGAUUGGGUCAGCUCACUACCCACGACAAGUUAUAUGUUCGUGUGGUUGAAGAUGGUCUGAAGGACAAACGGAAGAGGACGCGUGAAGACACGAAGGCAAUACGAAAGAUAAUCAAGCGCUUGUCUGAUACUUACAGUGUGUUUGGCUUAUCGAAGGCGGAAAAACUUGAGAUAGUGCGCGCUAUGGGCUUUAAACCGGGUCAUUGGUACAAAUGUCGAAACGGACAUGUUUACGCUAUUGGAGAUUGCGGGGGUGCAGACGAAAGAAGCAGAUGUCCCGAAUGUAAGGAAGAAAUCGGAGGACAAAGUCAUCGUUUGGUCGCAGGCAACGCUCCUGCUCUUGAAUUUGACGGCUCCCAAGCGCCGGCUUGGCCAAUAUAAACUAAUUUAUACAAUUGCGAUAUUGCAAUCUUGAACUUGCGUUGUUAUUAGAGCACAGCAGUAUGUUUUAGGCGGCAUUUAUCUUGCAACUCUAGAGUAGUGGUGUAUGCAUGUAGUAUACUUGUAUUGGUAGUGCACUAGUGGAUGUAAGAGCAACAAUAUAUUAUCUAGAGGCAGACAAAUAGCCUAAAAGAGGCUUGUUUGCAAAACUAGAGUUUCA